CGCAAAUGUGAUGGGUAUUUCUUAAAAAGUCAAUUUGUUGGUGAACAACUCUUGGGUUUGUCUCCGAUUGUUGAAAAAGGUUUUGCUUUUUUUUUUUUUUAAUGUAAAAGUUGUUCUUUAAACAUGUUUUGCGGUGAAUGCUUGAGAUUUUAAUGAUUUUCAUGUUCCGGUUUAUUUCUCAGUGAAGUAGCUUCUGUUUGAUCGUCAAUUCGUUGAUGUUUGCGUCUGUUUUUUAUGAAUUGUUUACUUCUCUAACUUUAUUCUCUUAAAGAUCUAGUGGGCUUAUGGCUUGUCCGAUUCGUGUUAAACAAAAGUAAAAUUGAUGAUUUUCCCUGGGAAAAAUUUAUUGUCUGGUUUUGAGAAUUUCUCUGUGUUUUCUUCUUUAAUUCUAUUUUUAACUGAUUCGAUUUGACCCGACUCUGAAGACGAUUUUUGGUGAUUUCGGAAUACGGUGAAAGCUUUUUGCUGCUUAUGGAUAGAUUGAGACCUUUUUUUUUUUUUAAUUAUUUCAUCUCAUUAAGCUUGAUGUUGAUUGAGAUUUGAGGUGGUCUAGCAGAGCCAGUUAUUAAUUUGACCUUGUCCCUGCUUAGUUUGUUCAAAUUUGAGAUUGUUGCAAUUGGUAUAAAAUAAGAAGGGAAGGUGAAGCCUCCAAUUCCGCUUUAUUCCUUGCAGAGUUAAGGUUUCAUACAUGGGUCCAUUAUCGGAACCAGUACCUGAGAGAAAUCAAAAUAAACUCUAUGGAAUUCAAUUCUUAGAAUUCGUAAAGAAAGACAGACUUUCCUACAAAACCUACCAAGCCAUUGUUUUGAUUAUAACAUUUUUCGCAUAUGCUAGCUACCAUGCUGCUCGAAAAACCACAAGCAUUGUCAAGAGUACCCUUGAUCCUCAAUCAACUGAGGUGGGUUUGAAGUUCAUUCCUUGGAGGAUAACUUACUUAAGUGAACCAGAAGAAAGGAGAGGAUUUUCAUGGGCACUUGGAGAUGGUUGGACUCCAUUUAAUGGAUCAGACGGCACAGCCUUGCUAGGUGAUCUUGACCUGGCUUUUCUCUCUAUAUAUGCCAUAGCAAUGUAUUUCUCUGGACAUAUAGGUGACAGGAUGGAUUUAAGGAUCUUUUUGACAGUAGGAAUGAUAGGAACCGGUUUAUUUACUUCGUUGUUUGGUGCUGGUUAUUGGGCAAAUGAACAUAGCUUUUACUACUUCUUGAUAAUACAAAUGAUUGCUGGUUUGUUCCAGUCAACUGGAUGGCCUUCGGUGGUUGCUGUGGUCGGAAACUGGUUUGGGAAAAGCAAGAGAGGACUAAUUAUGGGUAUAUGGAAUGCUCAUACCUCUGUUGGGAACAUUUCAGGGUCUUUGAUUGCUUCUGCAAUGUUGAGCUAUGGAUGGGGCUGGUCAUUUGUCGUGCCUGGCUUCCUUAUUGCUUUUAUAGGCUUGGUGGUUUUUCUAGUACUUCCUGUUAGUCCUGAAUCUGUUGGAAUUGACAGAAAUGAAGAUGAAUUGCAUUAUCCAAAGAAAACCGAAGAGGAAGUUACAGAGCCUCUUUUGGGAUCAGACUCCAAGGUUAAGGAGACGGCAGUUGGGUUCAUUGAAGCAUGGAAAAUUCCAGGGGUUGCUCCUUUUGCUCUUUGCCUUUUCUUUGCCAAAUUGGUGGCUUACACAUUUCUCUACUGGCUUCCUUUCUACAUUAGCCACACAGCUAUCAAUGGGAAGUACUUAUCAAGUGGCACAGCUGGGAACUUAUCAACAUUGUUUGAUGUGGGAGGGGUGAUUGGAGGAAUCUUAGCUGGACACAUUUCUGAUCGUCUAGAUGCCAGAGCCAUUACGGCUGCAAGCUUCAUGUACUGUGCAAUCCCUGCUCUUUUCUUUUACCGAAGCUAUGGACAUAUUUCCUUGGUUGUAAAUAUUGCCCUUAUGUUUAUCACCGGCAUGUUUGUGAAUGGCCCUUAUGCACUAAUAACAACAGCUGUCUCAGCUGACUUGGGAACCCACAGUUCCAUGAAAGGGAACUCAAGGGCAUUGGCAACAGUUACUGCAAUUAUAGAUGGCACAGGCUCAGUUGGGGCUGCAAUUGGACCUUUACUGACAGGUUAUAUUUCUGAGAAGAGCUGGAGUGCAGUUUUCACAAUGCUAAUGGGGGCAGCUUUAAUUGCUGGUCUGCUUCUGACUAGACUUGUUAUGGCUGAAGUGGCUGCAAAAAUUGCCGAAUCAAGGCCUCAAACAUCUGCAGCAUCAAGAACACCGGCCGUUCCCCAGCUUGAUGUGUGAGUUGCAUAAUGGCGUGAUGGGGGAUUAUAUUUGUGUUGUUUUUGUGUGAUUCUCACUUUCUCAGAGUGUUAAUGAGCUCUGGUGACUAAAAUGAUGAGGAAAAGAACCUCUGAUAGUGGUUGAAGAUGGGAGGGGAUAUUUUUAGAACCUUCUCCAUACUUUAUAGUCUUAUACAUGAAGAAUAGAUGGAAAAGAAAACCGCAAGGGGUUAGGGUGGGGUUGAUCAUGCAAUGUUUGCCUGUAUGUACAUUUUUUGAAUGUUUCAUGUCAAUUUAACUAUUAAAUGAACUUGUUAAUUCAGAGUCUUGAUCUGUUUUUGGAUUGCUUUA